AUGUUCUACUCUGAGGCAAUAUUAUCGCGUCGGGGGCCAUUGGGGAAAGUAUGGCUUGCCGCACACAUGGAACGCAAACUCUCCAAGACCCAAACACUCCAGACGGACAUCGAGCAAUCCGUCGAUGCAAUCAUGGGCCAGGAGAUUGAAGUUAUGGCGCUGCGAUUGAGCGGUCAACUUCUCCUCGGCGUGGUUAGAAUCUACAGCCGCAAGGCCAAGUAUCUUCUCGACGACUGCAAUGAGGCACUCCUGAAGAUCAAAAUGGCGUUCCGACCAGGUGUUGCGGACAUGACGGAGGAUCAACUUGCCGUAAACAAGAACGCGAUUACGCUCCAGGCGGGUGAUCUGGACCUUGACCUGAUGCUCCCAGAUAUCAACUGGGACAUCGACUUCGAAGAUAGGCCCCUACAGAACCAUAGACAGCAUGAAGCUCGCAUGGCUGAUAUCACGCUUACCGCUAUGGACGACUUCCAGUUGAACGCCGGGGACUUCGAUGCCUUCGAUUUAGGUCCUUCGGACGGAAUUGGGUCCCAGGACUUUGGCGAAAUUGACCUAGGGCUAGAUUGGGGAGAUGGUACAGGGGAUGCGAAUGGUAGUGGCGGGCAGGAAAGGCAAGAUAGCGAUGAUCAGAUGAGUAUUGGAGUAGGGAGAGAUGCUCCAGGCGAGACGGAAUCUGUUGCCUCUCAUCUAAUGGGCAGAAACGGAAUGGACCUGGAUAUCUUAUCCAAUCGAAGCCGCAGCAGGGCUCCCUCCGAGCAUCCUUUCGGAGCUGACAUGAAUAUCGACAUGGAUUUCCCAGACUUUGGUGGUGUUGACCUAGGAGACUUGGGAAUCGGCUUCGAAGACCACCACUUAGAUCUUGGCGAGCGCGAGAAGACUCCAGGGCAAACACGUUCAUCGCGAGCAUCAUCACCCCUGUCCGAUGUACCAGCAACGCCGCCUCCUGAGGAACCCGUUGCCCCCCAGCCCUCUAAGGCGAAGCGCAAGCUUAAGGAAAAGAAGCAAAUUAUUGACUCAGUUACGGAGUUACAGGAUGGCCCCGGAGGGCGGAAUGGCAGAGGACGGGCACACGGCGGGCUGGGUGCACCUAUCCCUCAAGACGUCACUGACAUCGUUACGGAGCAACAUUUCCUCCCGCGUUCUACCAUCGUUAUGCGACUCCUCGAAAUACGAGAUGACCCAUUGGCUCAUUUUCUUCCUACGAAAAACACUCCACAGGGUACCUUUUUCUGUGCAGCACCUCCUGGGCUGGCUCCUGAGCUUGCCGAGCUGUUUAUGCGCCCGGUCAAUAGUGUAACUUCGAAACGUCGUGCAGGUUCACCAGACAACAACCCAUCCAAGAAACCCCGUUUAGAAGGCGAAGACGAUGUGGAACGGGCUCGUCGUGCUGGAAGUAUAGCACCCAGCAUAGGAAUGAACAGCGACAUAUUGGGCCGCCACAGCGUUGGUCCAGACGGCGCCCUUGAUUUUGGUGAUAACAAUGCCAUGUUGGAUGAUUUCCAGAUGGAUGUGCCCGAAUUCGAGAUGGGGCCAUUGGAGUUGCCAAUGGAAAGAGCUAAAUCCGCCGCCCUAUCCGAACUCAGUCGUCUAUCCACCCCAGCUCCAGAUAACACAACAUUCCAUGACGAAGGGGAGGAAACAUACGCAGAUGCUUCAUGUCCAAUUGCCGUGUUCGACUCUCAACCAUCAUCUCAGACCCAGGGCAAGGAACCGGAAGUUGACACAGACACCGCAGGAAAGGGUUACAGUAAGAAUACUGGUAAAGCGCUCAGUAUCAUUCGCAAGGAGCUUCGCCCUAUCGCCGAUGAGGGCGCUCCGGAGAAAGUACUCAGCUUUCGCAAAAUGUCGGAUAAGGCAUCCCGUCGGGCAGCUGCUUCUUUCUUCUUCGAGUUGCUUGUGCUAUCUACCAGGGAUUGCGUCAAACUCUCACAAGAGGCGCCAUUCGAGAAUAUUGAAGUUCGAGCCAAAGACAAACUUUGGGAGCGUCAGAGACACGCAUCAAUGGCACCCACAUCAGCAGCACCCUCCCGUCUCCCUUCUCUUGCACCCUCCCGUGAACCAUCCGAAGCCCCAUCUGCAAGUAUGUAG